UGAAGAACUCGGACAGGAGCCACUGCAGCGCCGCUGCCUGCUGUAGAACGAGCCAACCACCGUUGAAGUCGCGCUGUUCAUUUGCGGAAAUCGCUCGCUCUUGUUCUGCCGCCGCCGCUAGGGUUUAGGGAUCCUCCACUCCUUCGGAGCAUCGACCGAUCAAUUUCGAUGGAGGAGGACGGCGAGGCGGAGAGGGACGCGAUCGUGGCGAGGAUGCGGGCCGAGGACUACACAGGCGCGCGGACGCUGCUGCUGGAGACGCUCCAGACCAACCCCAGGCUCGACGGCGCCGUCGAGAUGCUCUCCGUGCUCGAGGUCCUCUGCGUUGCCGCCGCAGGGAGGCCGGGCUGCGGGGCAACGGUGGACUGGUACAGGGUCCUGCAGGUCCAUCCCGGGGACGACGCUUCCAAGGUCGAGGCCCGGUACAGCAGCAUCGUGGUCCAGCUUGAGUCCGUCAGGGACGAUGACUUGCCCGGCGCCGAUUUGGCGCUCUGCCUCGUCAAUGACGCUUACAAGCUGCUCUCUGAUCCGGCGGAGAGGGCCAGGUUUGAUUCGAGCAACGCGGUGGGCUCUGUCAAGCAGAUGGCAAUUGGCGCCUCCAGCAAUGCAAGUGUUGACUCGCGGUGUGGCGACAUUUUGUCAACCAAAUGGGUGCAUCUUGAAGGUGCUGCUGCUCUUUUUAGUGGCAUUGAUGGAUCAACUCCUCAUUACAAUGCAAGCUCUGAAAUGGAUAAAGUAAACAGUGCCGACAUGAAGCAUAUUCAACUCAGUGGCAGACCAUGUUUGGAUGUAGUAGGAAAUUGUUCAUAUGCAGCUAGUUCUUCCAGAAUCACCAGAAUCAAGACCGACCCUUACAUUCUAGGUGGUGAUGUUGAGUUGCAGUUGGCUGAGGAAAACCAUGUAGACAAGAAGCAAAAGAGUGUAUGCCAAAAUGAUGUGUAUUGCGUGUCGUCGUCCCAGGAAGAUUCGGACGUCUGCUUUUCUGAUCCCUCAGAGGCUAACGUCUGCUUUGCUGAUCCUUCAGAUGCUAACCAAGAUGACCACUGCUUUAGUAAACAGUAUGACUAUCAUAACUUUGAGGAUGAUAGAUCGAUAGAACAUUUUACUAAUGGCCAGAUUUGGGCAGCGUAUGACUGGGAGAAGUUUCCUCGCAGAUAUGCAUGGAUAAAUAAAGUUUUGACAGACAAGAUGCAGUUAUAUGUCUCAUGGUUCAAACCAUGCCCACAAUCUCAUGAAGAGGAGAAGUGGUUAAACGCAAGCUUGCCAUUUGUUUGUGGAACCUUUAUAGCAGAAGAGCGUCAAAUGUCGCUAACUUGUCCAAGUAUGUUUUCCCAUGAAAUAUCUGGUGAUAAUCUGAAUCAACAUCUCGAAGUAUAUCCCAGGAAAGGAGAAGUAUGGGCCAUCUACAAUGACUGGGACAUUGGAUGGUAUAAUAAUCCUGAGAUGCGGAAGAAGAGCACCUUUUCUGUUGUAGAAAUUCUUACCAGUUAUUCAGAACACUCAGGUUGCACAGUUGCGCUCUUGGUAAAGGUAGAUGGAUCUAGAAGUGUUUUCCAGAGGUACCCGAGGAGCGGAAGGGAGCAGUUAUUACUAGUCUCUAGUGACAAUCUGCUCAAGUUUUCUCACAGGAUCCCUUCAUUUAGAUUUAGUCAUGAGGACGGGACAGUCUUGGAGCUUGAACAUUCUACUGUGCCAGUAAACCUGCAUCAUGAAAAUACAUUGGCAAGUCUGGCUCCUUUGUCCCCACUUUCAAGUUUUCAUGGUGUCACAAAUAGCUUUCAGGAAGCUGCUGUCGCACAAUUCUCCAAUCCUUCAACAAGCAAUUUGGGUUCAGGUAUUCCCCUGCAGGGAAUGAUGAACUGCAACAACAAGUUGUCACCUGAGGAUUUUGUGGAGGGGCAGAUAUGGGCUGUAUACGAUGUGCGGGACCGGAUGCCUAGGUCUUAUGUCAGAAUUAUCCGUGUGGUUUCACAUAUAGCGGUUUUUGUGUUGAAGUUGGAACCACAUCCUAUGCUUGAUGAAGAAAUACGGUGGGUCGAAGAUGGUCUACCAGUUGCUUGUGGGGUAUUUCGAGCUGGUACUGAAACUACUUACAAGGACAUGUCAGAUUUCUCUCAUCCUGUACACUGUGACUGGAGUUCAAAGAGGUCUUUCUAUCGAAUCUUCCCUAAGAAAGGGGAAAUAUGGGCAAUGUACAAAAAUUGGAACAUAACCUUAAGUAGCACUGAUAUCGACAAAUGUGAACCUCGCAUGGUUCAGGUCCUCUCGGACUAUACUGAUGAAAAUGGAGUCAAUGCAUGCAGCUUAACUCGGGUAAAAGGUUAUUUAUCAUUUUUCCAGAGAGUAUUACUGGAAGAUUUCCAUUUGACAAGGUGGAUUUCAAGGUCGGAAAUGCUCAGCUUUUCCCAUCGUGUUCCUGCUUUUGUUGUCAUUGAAAUAAAAGAACAUGAUAUACCACAAGGGUCGUGGCACCUGGAACCAAGUGCCCUACCUCUUAGGAACAUACACUGAAAUUGAGACAUAGCAGCAGAAGUUUAGCCAAUUGUAACCAAAAUCUUUUUCUUUUCAUUCAUUUUUAGCCAAUUGAGAUAGCAGCAGAAGUUGUUUGUUCACCUUUUCCUACAUUGUACCAUCCUUUUGCAAUGGAUAUUUCUCGUGCCCUCUAUUCUACCAA